GAAUAAAGAAGAAUAAGCAUUGCGACAUAUUUUCUGGGUAGGGCCGGCGAAAUUCUUAAAACCUUUUUGCAACUUAAAAGCGAACAACAAAAUGUGAGAAUUAAAUGAAACUUCGUGAGAAUCAUUAAACUCAUUUCUCGCUAAAUUUAAUCGUCGAUAAUUUAAUUCUUUCACCGAACACUUGCACCUUCUCCUAUUCCAAUAUCAUGGAAAACGAUACCUUAAAUUCGGACUCUUUUCAUCAGCCUGUAGCUGUGUUACCACCAAAAAGUGAGCGUCAAGAAGCAUUGGCUUUAAAAAAAGCUUUAGAAUGGGAACUGGGUUUGGAUUCCCGUGAUUUACGGUCGCAUGCCUGGUAUCAUGGGCCUCUGUCACGUCAUCGUGCUGAAGAAAUUGUAUUACGAGAGGGAGAUUUCCUGAUACGAGAUUGUACGUCACAACCAGAUAACUAUGUACUAACUUGCCGUACGAAAACGGCUGUCUUGCAUUUCGUUAUCAAUAAGAUAUUAGUUCAACCAGAGACUGUUUACGAAAGAAUGCAGUAUCAAUUCGAGGAAGAUGCCUUCGACGCUAUACCCGAUCUUAUAACAUUCUACGUGGGUUCUGGUAAACCAAUUUCUUUAGCGUCAGGGGCCCGUAUACAAUACCCAUGUAAUCGCACAUAUCCAUUAUCUUUUUAUGGUCACAAGAUUAUGGACAAUCAACUGCACACACAAAUGUUAGCGGGUUUGCGUGGUCCUAGCCCAAUUAGUUCUCCUCUGUGUAAUAAUGUGGGAUUUCGUUUUGCCGGAAUAAUAGGUUCUCCACUGGAGCAGCAUCAGCAAUCACUGCAAAUAUGCAAUGGCCAAUCGAUGGACAAAUCUGCAAAAAAUUCCAUGUCAUCACCGCCAGCUGGUAAAUUAAAUCCAGCGCCAUGCUUGCCAUCAAAAAAACAACGCUCUCAAAGCUUGACCCCAGCUCAAGCUAUAGCUGCAUCAAACAUUAAGAACGUUGAUAUGGGCAAGAGCGAAGGUGUUUUUAAAAAUCAAGGGAAUACUGACCACGGGGGCGUGGUCAUAGUAAGCGGUUCGCUGACUAACAUUAAUGUCAGCUACGGUAAUGGAUAUCGUGCUGAUUCUCGUCGGUUUAGUCAAUGCGACAGAGGCGAUGCUAUUUGCAGCUCACCCAAUGAAAGUCGAUUACACGUUCAUUUGGAGAAAUUACAUUUACACGGAAAAAUACCCACCAACGGUUUCCAAACGAUAGCCAGAUGUACAGCCACCGGUGAUCUAAUUGAUCAUCAUUCCAAAUUUACCACCCAUUCGUUACCACGUCCGACUUCAAAUGCUUUUCGUAAUAGUCUGAAUCGUAAAACAAGCUUGGGACGUGAUUUCUCUCUGGAUUGCCAAAAUAGUAUGUUUUCCACACUAGAAUUUAAUCAAAUACCAGAACUGCCGGAAAAACCUCCCAGUCCACCACCUAAACCAAAUCGUAACAGCGUUACUGUAGCCAGUUUACCACGACGUGAAAAGGAACAAGCAACAUUGGAACAACAAUACGCUUUACACAGAGCUGGUCUAGUAGGCAUAUAUCAACUUAGUGGUUCAGAUUCGGGUAAUGGAUCCGGAGAUUCUAUGCUUGGAGACAUAAAUGAGUUCAUUGUACAUCGCGGUGUAGUGAUAAAAAAUCCACGCUAUAUGAGCAAUUCUGCUUCAUCAAUAACUUUAAAAAGUUUGACCGAAUUUGAUGCGAUUGCGGCUGAGGAACAAUUAUUUACUUUGGAAAUUCCCGAAUUUAAAGCGGUCUCCAAAUUUGAUGUGGAAAACUUUAGCACACUUCUACUACCAUCUGUAGAAAAUAAACCUUUAGAUGGUGAUGCCCUCAACACUUUUAAAAUUAUGUUACUAGAAACUGGACCGAAAAUGUUAGCAGAGCAUUUAACACGUAUAGAUAUCGGCUUAUUGAUUGAAGAACCUUCCUUUGAUGUAGAAACUGAACAUAACAUUGAUGGUCACAUAUCCAAUUAUUGUGGUUUGGAAAUGUUAACAUUACCGCAAGGUAAAACAUUUCGUAAUGAUUUAAUAGAACGUACCCAGUGCAUAAAACUAGUGGUAGCCGUCACUAUACUAACUUGUCAAACCGAUCAUGAUCGCGCAGAACUACUAAGUAAAUGGAUUCAAAUCGCUGUAGAAACUAAAACAGCUUUGGGUAAUUUGUUUGGUUUUUCAAACAUCAUGUUGGGGGUGUGCAUGCCGCAGAUACAAAAACUGGAUUCUGCCUGGCACUUGCUACGCCAAAAAUAUACAAAUGAUGCUUUUAUGUUUGAAGCAAAAUUACGUCCCACCCUGAUAAGUAUGAACGAAUGCUCCAAUCCACAGGCGCCGAAUACUACUGUGCCCCAUGUCCUUCUAUAUGUGUUAUUAAAAGAUAGAUCUGUUAUGGACAUACUUAAUCUAAGUAACACAAAAGAAAAAUCAUCCCUAUACAAUACGUGUAUUACAUCGUGGGAAAGUAAAGCUGAUGAUUUUGGAAUGUUUAUAAAUUAUCAACACUUAGAUUCAUCUCGGAGUUUUCUUAACAAUUUAAAAUUAUAUCGUAAAAAUUCGAAGAUCAUAUUGGAGGAAUCCUCUUCUAGAAUGGAUGAAUUGUUGAGUGAUGCCUUUCGAACUGAGUUCCAUAUAAAAUUUCUAUGGGGAAGCAAAGGUGCUACUGCUUCUGUCAAUGAUCGCCAUACAAAACUCGAAAAGGUGUUAGCAUUAAUGACUAACAAAUUUUGUAAUACCGCUAAAGAUACUCUCUCAACAGCCCCAACCAUUAGAACAACAAGCUAAAUUUCACAAAAAUAGUUCGGAGUGACUUUGUCUAGACAUUGCAAACGUCAAGUAAGAAGACUUUAAAAGUAAUGCAAUGAUAAUAUAAAAUUAUUAUCCUUCAUCAAUAACUAGCCUACGAUAUUUUUCGCUUAUACACAGAUAUGUACACAACCUGAAUGUAAAAAACUAUAUAUAUGGCUUGAAGGCAAUCUUGAGUAUCUAAAAAAAUUAUUUGAAAAUCAUACGCUUUUCUAAAUUUUUGUAUGUAAAAUUGUAUUGGAAUUUUUGUUCGUCUUCAUGCAAAAUUUUAAAUCGUUAUCCGUUGUCUGCAAGAUGUAGAAGACAAGUUUUUAAAAUUUUAUAUUCAGUUCCGAGAUGAUAUUAAACGAUCUUCAUCCUUGAUUGGCGAUUAAACCAAAACAUGUGUCAAAAGUUGCUGGUUUCUAUUGCUAUUUUUAACCUAUUGAAACUACCAGGGGGGCAAAGGAAUAAACACAUAAUAUAAACAAAUAUCUCAUUAGUAGCAGAUUUGUGUGUGGAUUGACCAUAAUAUUACCGUUUCGACGACUCCGCGGAAGCAUUAAAAGAAGGAAGACGGAAAGCUUUAGUUGAUUAUCUCUCAAGAGCCAGAAAGUACAGUUACUUUUCCGGUUAUAAAUGCCUCUGUAACCGAAUUGCAACGACUUUUCUCCCGAAAUUACACUUAAAGCUCUCUCACUUCCGUGCUUCAACCGAUAUCAGCUAGGGAUAGUAAGUAAAAAUAGCUUGCUGCUUAUUCUGACUGUGCACAAAUCAAGCAUCCCUUAUCUACGAAUAUCACACAAGCAUAUAUAUGCCAUUUUCAAACUUUCUAUAUCAACAUUUGUGAGUGCGAGCAGUCUGACAAGAGACGUCAGUCUCUCCAGAAAUUUUCUGCUGACGUGGAUUUUAUAGGAUAUCUGUAGAAAGUCUCAUAUUUUCAUGACGAGCAUAAAAAAUAAUUUUUUGAAUUCAAAUACACGUUUGAAUAUGGCUUUGGCAAAAUUCUGCGUGUUUUCAAUCUACCAGACGAACUAAAUAAGCCAACAAAUCGCACAAAAAUAUAUCGCAUAAAAACCAAAGGCACACAAACAUGUUUAAUGUUAUAUGCAUAUUCCAUAUAUGAAUUAUCAAUAAUGUUCACAAAAAUAGCCAUUUAUCGAAUACUUCGUUUCUUUCUAACAACUUGCUUCAAAAUGUAUUAAAAGAAACCAACAAAGCUUUGCAUAAGUUGUUACAGUUGUAUAUUAAACGAUAAAAUUAUAAUGUAUCAUGUUUACCUCGCCAUCGUUGCAUGUCGAUUGCGCUGAGAAGAAGAGAACAACAAUAUUAUUAACGCCCACAAUGUUAUUAGACAUUCUAACGAUAGAGAUAACAUUGGGCAGUCCCAGUUGAAAGCAUAUAUAAAUAUGAAUUGAACAGAUAAAAUAAAUACGUGAGAUUUUGCCAAAAAUUACAACUAUUUUCAACCAAAAUGUCGAAUAUUACGUCCGUGUUCCAACGAUUGAAGCUUAAAUAAUCGAUGUAGAACGAGUGCAAGCUCUUGGAAGCUAUUAAAAUUAUAAAUAACUGCAGUUUAAAAAGAUUCGUUAUUGACAUCAUUCGUCGAUUUAUAUUAUAAUUGUUUAACAUAUGAAAUUUUUACUAAUUAUAAAUCGUAUACAUAUCGUUUUAAGAUCUUUAGUUCUUCUUUCUGUUGCUAUUCAAUUUAAAGCGGUAUUAACGCGUAUACAACACAUUAAUACCUAAAAUAUCUUCAAAUUUCUAAAGAAUAACUAAAAAUUUUUAGAAUAUAACUGCCCUAAUUUUGUACACGUGCCGAAAAAUACAACGAUUCUGACUUAACACUAAUUUAGUUUAAAUUUAUCUUGUUUAGUGUCAAUUUUAUUAACUAAUCUUUGUAACACAGCUAGCUAUUUUUUCUCUCCUUCUUUCCAUAUUGGCCCCUUUUUCUUUUUGUGCAAUGGCAAGGGAAUGCGCAAGGCUAUGUUUGAACGGUUUUCUGUUACUGUGUGGGCUUUAUAUAAAUAAAUUUUUAAAAUAACAAAUUUGUAAGAGAACCUACUACACAUUUGCACAUAGUUUAUGCGAAAUCAAAAAAGGGAGAGAGAAAUCUUUAGAUAUCAGACAAUAUAAAAUUAAUCAAAGGUAUUUAAAUAGUAAAAAAUGUUACAAUUUAAUAGCAACGCCGAAGUAUUUGUGAUUAAAUCGGAUUAUUAAAAGCUAAACAACCACAAAAACGGAAAUAUAAGCAAUCUCAAUAAAAUAAAUUAACGAAAACUUA